AUGAAUUCGCAGCUAGUAUAUAAAGAAGAACCUGCAACUCCAGGCUUUUAUCCUUACUCUUCAAGCUUUAACAAAUCUCUAGGAAGUAUUGCUACUUAUCAUAUGGCUGCAAUUUCAGCUGAUUCAAUAAUUUUGAUUUACGAUACCUUUUCUUUUCAAUUGCUCUAUGAACUUUCUGGGCAUUCUUCCACAAUUUCUUCAUUGGCUUGACACCCUAAAGAACCAAUUUUAGCUUCAGGAGAUGAAUAUGGAGAGGUGUGGAUUUGGGAUUUCAAGCUUCAAAAGAAAGAAAAGCUCAAAUUUGAAAGCAAAAUCAAUGUUUUAGCAUGGUCAUUUGAAAAACCUAAGCUUUUAGUAGCUUAUUCUGAUAAGGCUGAUAUUUAUGAUAACGGUAAAACUGUAAAUUUUACUGUCAGUGAAAACUUGGAAUAUGCAGAAUUCAUUAAAGGCUAUCAUGAGAAAUUUCUUAUUGGAAACGAAAAUGAAUUUUGGGUAAUUGAGAAAGAUGAUGUUAAAAAAUUCGAAAAGAAAGGCUGCAAAAAGGCUUACUGAGUCUCAAAUGCUCAGAGCUACGUAUAUUUGCUUUAUGAUGAUAAAGCUGUUCUGUUUGAUGUGGUAAUUAUUAUGUAGGCGGACGAAAAAGAAAUUGGGAUUUGUAUUGCUGAUGAAGGGAUCUAUGAUAUUUAUUGUGAUGCUCUACAGAAUAAUACUCUGUUUGAGUACAGCAAUGGAUGUAUAAAAUUAUGGGAGCUUGCAGGAGAAUUAUCAAAAGACAACUAUAAAUAUAACAAAAGGUGAGAAAGCAGCUUUAUUGGCCUUAAUCCUCUUCUAGUUUUAUCGUCCACAAUGCCAAUUACUUCUCAUCAUAGGUCUUUUCUUAUUCUUCUCUCAGAUUUAUCUCUCACUCCCCCCCCCCUUUAAAUUGAAACAAAAUAUAGGUAAAACUACUUUUUUGGGAAAUCACCCCCCUUUAAAUUGAAACAAAAUUUUAUUAUAAUAGAAAAUUUUAUAGGUAAAAAUCAUUAUUUUAUAUGUAAAUACGUUAAUACCCUAUUUAAUAUGCUUCAAACAUAUAAGAUUUUAGAAAUUAAACUCUAUUUUGUCCAAUUGUUAUGGGGAGAGUUAGAAGAAUACCAUUUCAGCAAGUUUACACUUUGAGAUUGAGAAAUUUAUGAAUUAAUUUUUCAUGAAAUUAAAAUUAAAAAUCAAACACAGAAUGAACCAUAAAAUUUUAUCUCUGAAAAAAUUUUUAUAUAUAUAAUUUUUUUAAAAAAAAAAUUUCUUAACCCCCCUUUAAAUUGAAAACAAAUUUUUUUGUUUCAAUUUAAAGGGGGGGGAGUCAGAUAUUACUCAAUUGAUUUCUCGUACUCCCAGACAGAACUUUCUUUGACAGCUAUUGACUAUCUUUCAUUACCAAGAGGGGAAUCAAUUCUCAUAACUUAUAACUCUGAGUCCAUGCUUGUUUGCACACUAGGCCCUUAUAUAAUAUUAUUCUCUUUAAAAAACUCAUAAGCGAGUCUUACUUACUUAUCAGAUAUCACGUUUAAUGUCCCCACGGGGUAGGCGUUCCGGAGCCCACCGUCACCUCUUGACACGUAGGGAUCUGAAAGCACAGCAUUCCGGUUCGAUCGCCCAGCGCACUACGCACCUCCUUGUGACGUCACCGACUUCGACGGCUCUGAAUUAUCGACUUCGCUUGAGGCUGAGAGUUGCCUGCUUGGAAAAUCCAAAAAUGGAUUUUCUGGCCGACUUUCGGCAAAAAAGGGAGAACACGUGGCCUGGGACGUAAAGCCCAGUUUCACGCUAGGGAGUUACCCGAUUGGUCCUAGGGACUCUGCUGGGCUUCCCCUUUCCAACCUCCGCACCCUUCCUUCCUCUCGAGGUAAAAUCCAUCCCAGUGGUUGAGCAUGGGCUAGGCUCUGCCCUGCAGAACUGUUUACCUAGCAUUGUUGCUCAUUUCCAGAAUGGCAAAACCUUGCCGGAUAUAAUUAAAAUAUGUGCUCGGAAGCUGCGUGGCUGGAGGUCAUGCCAGGUGGAGACGCCAUAUUUUAAUUAUAACUCAUAAGCGAGUCAAGCAAAUCCAUGUAAAAGGUCAGCUUUCUCAUAUCGUUGGAGCAAAUAGCAAGCUAUAUGCACAAUGCCAGGUGAAAUCAGAGUAUAUAUUGAUUGAAAUAAAUUUGGGGAAAUCUGAAAUCACAAAAAUCAAGGAUUUUGAUGCUCCAGUUGAAGGGCUUAAGCUUGAUAGCUCAGGGACCUAUCUUGCUGUAUUAUCAAACAGAAAAUCGCUUGAGUUUCUGUCAUUGGUCCACUCAAAUUAUGAAAAUACAGAAAUUUAUAGCUAUGAUUUAGUGUUGACUGAGGAAUUCAGCUGCAUUGAAUCGUAUCUUCACACGACGACUAUUUCAUAACGGCUAUUUUUUUUUGUCUAUUUUUUUCACCUAUUUUUUUUUUGGCCUAUUUUUUUUGGUCUAUUUUUUUUCACCUAUUUUUUUUUGCCUGUUUUUUUUUGCCUAGGUCAAAACAAAAUAGGCCAAAAAAAGUCGUCAUGAAAUAAGCGUCGUGUGAAGUAACCGCAUUGAAUGGAUGCAGGAUUCGAACAAAAUAGUUUAUACUAGCGAGACAGGGGUGCAUAUGAUUGAAGUGAAUAAAGAUGAAGGUGCUGAGGAAAUAGAAUUUUAUUUUGCAUUGUAAUAUACAUGUAGAGUUUGCAAGUGUGAUCUUAUUAUCUCAAAAAUAAUAGCAACCUCAGAAGAAAUCAUAGUCCAAGAUUAUCAGCACUCAGUUUAUAAAUUUGAGCAAGGCACUUACAAAGACUUAGGAAGUGCUAUAGAUAUUGGCUUUAUUAAUAAAGCUCCUGCAAUUUUGAAGGACAGAAUUAUUGAAGAAGUAGAAGGAGGAAUUAUUUAUGAAAACUUGCCGAGCCAGAUGAGAUUUUUAACAAAUGGCGUUCUCUUUGGGGAUGGCUUUAUUGCAAUAUAUAAUGGAGAGGCUACAAAUAAUUUCUCUAAAAUAAAUCCACCUAAAGUCCAAAUUUUGCUAUCAAAUUCAACCAAAUAUGACUUCAAUACAGAAGCCAACAAAAUUUUUUAUAAAGCUCAUAACGAUUAUUUAAAGAAAUCUACAAAUUUCGAGAAAUCCAUAAAAUUCACUCCAGACGAGUGGAAAAAAGAAUUCAAAAAACUCCCCUGGAUUGACCAGCAGCUUUUGGUUAGCCGCCUUUUUGGAGAUGUCCUUGAAUAUCUCUUUUUAAACUCAGCGCGACAAAUAGUUGAGCUCCCUCUCUCAGCACGAGGCCUUUCUACAACCCCAACCCCAGCUCCAUGCGAUAUUUCAGUAGAAUACUCCCCUAUUACUAAAAAAACCCUAAAUAUGAGUACCCAAAGCAUUCCAAAGUCUCAGCUUCCCCACAAAACCCCUCCUAAAUGAAAGCAGCCAUCUCCUACAAGAUCCUCUAGAGGCCGCACUCACAGUCUAAAUAACUCCUCUUUUAUUGACUCUGGACCUAAAACUGAAGUAAAAAAAAUUCCUGGCUUUAAACGAGAUGUGUCUCCACAGCUUAAAUCAAGCGGCAACCUGAGGUCGAAAAGCAAGCAGACUGAGUCUAUCCUUCAGCUUGCAGUAAACACUGCGAAUUUACUUCCAGCAUGCAAAAGUGAAGUCAGCUCACGAAAGACUGAUGUUUCUCCAUUAAAAGAAAAAAUCAAGCUUUAUGGGGUUGAUUAUUUUAAUGCCCUUUCUUCGUCAUUAAAGUCGAAUUUAGCUCAGACGUUAUUAGAUUUCGUGGUCAGUCAUUUGACAGGAAUUUUCCUCAUAGUAACAUUUUCCUCAUCAGACAAUUGCUAGGAAACAAAAAACGUUAUAAUUCUCCAAUGAAAAAUUUCGACCAAAAAUAACUGUGAAAAUUUUCCAAUAAAAUAGCACGGAGCCAUUAGAUUCAGCACUUUCUGGCGCUGAUUUGUAUGUGAAUCUGCUGAAAGCUUGCUUGAUUUCUGCUACACAAGGACAUAAUGUAAUGAAAAAUGCGAUGUCUCAGGCAGCUAGUAGCUUAGAACUGGCGCAUAAGUUUAAGGAAGCUGCAGAAAUCCAUAUUUUAAAUGAGAACUUAUCAUCUGCUUGUUUGUGUUUACAAGAAGCAGGACUAUGACAAGAAGCUGCAGCUGUUUCAGUAAACCUAUCAAAGGAUGAAGAAAUAAGUUUUCAAGUCAAAUGGGCCACAAAGCUAUACGAGACGUCAAAAUUUAAGUGUAUAGAAGCUUUGCUAUAUGGCUGCCAAUACCACAAAGCUUUACAAAUUCUUGUGAGCAUCAAAGAAUACCAUAAAGCUGCAUUUUUAAUUAUCCUCUAUAGGGAAAGAGGGAUAAUUGUUAAAGAAAACUGAACCCCAGGCGCCUGCCAAUAUUUCAGCCUGUCAGAGGAAGAAUUUAAAGAUUUGCCAAAGCCUUCAUUUUGGUCUGGAAACCUCGGAGAAGACAUAGACUUUUUAAUGGACCGCUAUAUAAACUAUAAUACUUAA